CUGCGCAGCUCACGCGCCGCGCGCGCGCGAGCGAAAACAACGCCGCCGUGUGUCGCGACUCGCGACGAGCCGACGACGGCGACUACAACGCCCAGGCGACCAGCGGCGCGGUGACGGGCCACUCCUAAACGCGAGCGUCGUGAGUGGGUCGACGUCGACCCGACUCCCUGGCACGAAUCUCGAGGCGGUCGCGCGCGUGGGCCCCGCGAAUCUCGUUCCUACUCCUCUCCUCUCCUCUCCUCUCCGUCUCGCUUGGCCCUCCGUGGUGACACGAGCCGUGGCCACCUGAAAAACACACUCCGCCCGCGCCGCACCUCCUCGUUGAUGGAUUUCAGCGUCCGAGCUCGCAUCCAGAGCCCGCACCGGUCGGCCGCCCACUUCGUCGCCGGCGAGGGGGGACGCCGCCGCCCGGCAACGUCCAGGGUAUCCUUCCGCUCCAUGGCGUCGGCCGCUUCCGUGGAGGAGCCUGCCGCUGCUGCGGCGGCGGCGGCUGAGACGAAGAGGGGACCGAGCGGCGCCUCCUUCAUCCGGGAACACCUCAGGAGUCUCGCCCCGUACCAGCCCAUCCUGCCCUUCGAGGUGUUGUCCGCUCGGCUUGGGCGUAAACCAGAGGAUAUAAUCAAGUUGGAUGCAAAUGAAAAUCCAUAUGGUCCACCUCCGGAGGUAGCUAAAGCAUUAGGAAAUUUGAAGUUUCCCUAUGUGUACCCUGAUCCUGAAAGCCGUCAGUUGCGUGCUGCUCUUGCUGAAGAUUCUGGUCUUGAAUCUGAGUACAUACUUGCUGGAUGUGGUGCAGAUGAAUUAAUUGAUUUAAUAAUGAGAUGUGUACUCGAACCAGGUGACAAAAUUGUUGAUUGCCCUCCAACUUUUACGAUGUAUGAGUUUGAUGCGUCAGUCAAUGGUGCACUUGUGAUCAAGGUACCGAGACUUCCUGAUUUUUCUCUAGACGUUGCACAGAUUGUCAAAGUGGUUGAACAGGAAAAGCCAAAAUCCAUAUUUCUGACAUCUCCGAACAACCCAGAUGGCAGCAUAAUCAAUGAUGAGGAUCUUUUAAAGAUCCUUGAUCUUCCAAUACUUGUAGUGCUGGAUGAAGCAUAUAUUGAGUUUUCGAGUCUUCAAACAAGGAUGUCAUGGGUUAAGAAGCAUGAUAAUUUGAUUGUUCUUCGGACAUUUAGCAAACGAGCAGGUUUAGCUGGACUUCGUGUGGGUUACGGAGCAUUUCCUCUAAGCAUAAUCGAGUAUUUAUGGAGGGCUAAGCAGCCCUAUAAUGUUUCUGUAGCAGCAGAAGUUUCAGCCUGUGCUGCCUUGCAGAACCCGACUUAUUUAGAGGAAGUGAAAAAUCUGCUACUACAAGAGAGGGACAGGCUGUACGAUCUUCUCAAAGAAAUACCAUUCCUAAAGCCAUUUCCCAGCCACUCUAACUUUAUUCUCUGCGAGGUCACAUCAGGCAAAGAUGCAAAGAAAAUAAAGGAAGACCUUGCGAAGAUGGGAGUAAUGAUCCGCCACUAUGACAAGAAGGAACUAAAGGGAUAUAUUCGUAUUUCAGUGGGCAAGCCAGAGCAUACCGAUGCACUAAUGAAAGGCCUGAAAGCACUUCAACUGUGAUCAUCCCAUCUGUUUGACGGAAGCACUGAAGCACUUGCCCGUGGUAGUGCACUAGAUGCAGUCUCUCAAUGGAGGUUGCAUCAAUCUAACACAAAUAAGGUGCAUCCUCUAGGGUCGAUUAUGUCUCAAUAAUACACUCUUCUGUUUUGACCAGUGGCGUUUUGUCCAGCAUUUUUGUGUUGGUCGACUUGGGUUUCUUCUCAAGGUGAUUGUUCGAAGCAAGAAUUUGUACUGCCGUGCCCUGAUUGGAAUAAAUAUGAGCGUAAAAGUAUGGCAAGUCUACUGGCUAGAUUGUUUAUGCACCUUCUUUUUAAAAAAUAAAAAUAAAAAUCUUCAGACAUUGCAAA